AUGCUCGAUAAAACACAAACAAUAAAUCUGCCCCUCCUCUGCGCUGUCGAACGCGAACGCGAACUCGGACUCGACAGACAACCAACCUCUCAACACCACAUCGCGCAAAAAGCCAGGCAGAUAAGUGCAACUAUGGCUUCCGUCCAGAUCCUCCCCCUCGCAGACUUCAAACCCGCAUCGGGCUCGCGCGCCUGGGCCUCGAUCCCGAACCCCAAUGGCCUCCCACUCAUCGCGACCGCCACCUCGGACAAGACGGUGCGGGUGUACUCCCUCAAGAACUUCACGCUGCACUCUACGAUUGAAGAUGGGCAUUCGCGGUCCGUGAGGACGGUGGCGUGGAAGCCAAUGACGCGGGAUACGGGCAGCUUGAUGCUGGCAACGGGGAGCUUCGACGCGACGAUGGGGAUCUGGCGCCGGAGCAAGAAGAGCCAUGCUACCAGGGAGGACAAGAUGCUACACACCAUAGCAGCGGCAGAUGGGUACGAUGAUGACAACGACGCGAUUGAGGUGGAGAUCACAGGUGACGGCGCGAAGAAGCCGGUCGCGAGAUUCAUGCAAGGGGAAGGGUCCGACGGUGAGGACGAGUGGGAGUUUGCAGUUGUGUUGGAGGGGCACGAUUCGGAGAUCAAGAAUGUGGCGUACUCGCCCAGUGGACAAUACCUAGCGAGCUGCAGCCGGGAUAAGACUAUCUGGGUCUGGGAGGAGGUUGGCGAGGAGGGCGAAGACGAGUUCGAGACGAUUGGCGUGCUGAACGAGCAUACUGCGGACGUGAAAUGUGUAUGCUGGCGCAAGGACGACGGGAACGGCGAGGUUCUCGCGAGCGGAUGCUACGACGACACGAUUCGGCUCUGGAGCGGAGACGACGAGGGCGAAUGGAACUCUAUAGCGGUUCUAGAGGGUCACGAGGGCACGGUCUGGAGUCUCGACUGGGAGCCGGAAGUCAGCCAGCGGAAGUUCGAGUCGGAGUCUGGUGUGCAGGAGUCAGACGACUACAGCCCGCCGAUACCGCGGCUCGUCUCUGCGUCUGCGGACUGCACGAUCCGGGUGUGGAGCAAAGCGCCCACGCCUCCCCCGGCGAACAAGCCCUCGUACUUUAACACGGGGAUCCCGUCGACGAUGCGGCCGCCGCCCUCGAACGAGACGUGGGAGUGUACGGCUACGCUGCCGAGGGUCCACACGCUACCCAUCUACGCCGUGCACUGGAGCCAGAAGACGGGGCGCGUGGUGUCCUCCGGCGGCGACAGCAAGAUUGUGGUGUACGAGGAGCGCACGCAGGGCCGGACUUGCGUCGGCGGUCCCAUCGAGAGGGGGUGGGUCAUCCUCGACGUGUUGGUGGGCGGACACGGCCCGUACGAGAUCAACCAUGUGGCGUGGUGUCAGCGGUUCGAUGCCGGGAGGGGGAACGCUGACGAGGAGAUGAUCAUCUCGAGCGGCGAUGAUGGCGUCGUUAAAGCGUGGGCGUUGGCGGAUGUGCCGGAGGGGAAUGAUGCUGAUGCUGCUGAUGCUGCUGAUGCUGAUAUUGUGAUGCUGUCUUGA